CAAACGCCAGAAAUGAAGACCACCCUCCUAAUUACCCUACUGUUACUCGUUCUCCUCCCAAUCCAUGGCUGCCAAUGCAAGAUUGUCCAGUUCAUAUUUGGCGACUCUCUCUCUGAUGUUGGCAACAACAUGAACCUCCCCAAGAGUCUGGCACAGGCCAGCUUGCCAUGGUACGGCAUCGACUUCGGCAAUGGCCUCCCCAACGGCAGAUUCACCAAUGGCAGAACCGUUGCUGACAUUAUCGGGGAUCACUCGGGGCUUCCGCGGCCGCCGCCGUUCUUGGAUUCGUCCUUGUCGGAGGAUGUAAUACUGAGCAACGGCGUGAAUUUCGCGUCUGGAGGCGGCGGCAUCUUGAACGAAACCGGUGGCCUCUUCAUACAGAGGAUUUCACUGAGCAGGCAGAUUGAGCUGUUCCAGGGGACCCAGCAGCUGAUUGCAGACAAGAUAGGGAAAGAGGAAGCGGACAAGUUCUUCCAAGACGGUCGCUACGUUGUAGCCUUGGGAAGCAAUGACUUCAUCAACAACUACUUGAUGCCCGUUUACAGCGAUUCCUGGAAGUACAACGACCAAACCUUCAUCGACUACCUCAUGGAAACUCUGGGUGCCCAACUCAAGGUGUUGCACAGUUUGGGGGCGAGGCAGCUGAUGGUGUUCGGAUUAGGACCAAUGGGCUGCAUCCCACUCCAAAGGGUGCUAAGCUCAUCAGGAGGGUGCCAAGAUCGAACCAACAAGCUGGCUCUCAGCUUUAACAAAGCUACCGACCAGCUGGUCACCGGCUUGUCAGCCCAGCUCGCCAAUGCCAGCUUCAAGUUCGGGGAUGCUUAUGAUGUCGUCAAUGAUUUGAUCACCAAUCCCAAAAAACACGGCUUCAGCAACGCAGACUCGCCGUGUUGUUCCAUGGGGAGGAUAAGGCCUGCGAUAACGUGUACGCCGAUGUCAACGCUGUGCAAGGACAGGAGCAAGUACGUGUUCUGGGAUGAAUACCAUCCGUCGGAUAGAGCCAACCAGAUGAUUGCUGACGAGCUCAUCAAGAAGUUUGGGUUUCUCAUCUCUCCUUCCCCUGCUCCAGAUUCUGCUCCUUCCCCUGACUCAUCUUAA